UAUGCCUUUUUUUCCCUGUUUCUGUUUCUUGAAGGAAGGUGCGAGCCCAUAGGACUCCGUGAUUUGGCCAUAAAGUUUUAGUUUGCGUUUUUUUUUUUGGCAGUGGUCAGCAGGGCACAAUAGCCAUUGUGAUCCUUUUCCGAAUCUCCAUAUUUAAGAUGCGGUCAUACAAAGUAUCCUUCUAAAGCAACUCAAUUCCAUUGCAAGGAUCCUCAUCUCCAGUUCUAGAAUUAGCGUCCAAGAUUCGCAAGCAUAAAACAACGUGACCAUGACCAAUGUGCACUUCAGACUGACUCUUAGCAAGAGUGGCACCCUUAAAAUGUCGUAAUCACGAGCUGAGUUCAUGUCAUCUUUGUCUCGAUAUAAGCUUUCUCUUUCACCUCUCUUCACCCAUCUUUCUUUCUCUCCGUCUCUCUCUACUUCUUCCUCUUAUAUCUUCUCUUCCUCUCCUUCUCGUUCUGUUCUGUCUUCAUUAUUCUCCCUCCUUCUGUUCUUCUUUCUCCCCUUCUCUCUCUUUUUCUUUCUGACAGACAGACAGACAGACAGAAAGAGUUGAUAUAAGCUUUGUAAAAACCACUCGUCAUUUCUCGUGCUUUAGAUCAAUCUGUUUCGGACAUUGUUCUCUUGUUGUCUCCCCUUUUCUCUCUUCUCUUUCUAUUCUCUCUUCGCCUCUGUCCUUUUCUUUUUCUUAUAACUCCAUCUCUCUUCUCUUUCUUUUUGUUUUUUCUCUCUCCUUCUCUCUCUAUUCAUCCCAUUCUCUUAUUUUUCAGUUUCUCUUCCAUCUCCGUCUCUCUUUUCUCUCAGUGUGUCUCUCUCUUCUCCCUGUUUUUUGUCUCUCUUUUCUCUGUGUGUGUCCACCCCCUCUCUCUCUCUUUCUCUCUCCUUAUGUCUAAAUAAAAGUGGAUGAAUCAGGAUGUGGACAAAGAAAGAUGGAAUAUGGAAUAUGGGAGUAUGUUCUCCUGGAUUGAUAAUAGAGAGUAGAGAGAGUUCAAAACAUGAAUCAGUGAUGUUUUGUUAUUUCCCCUAAGAGAUUGCAAUGCAAGAGAUAAAGACAUUCUCUUUGUAAUUGACUGUCGUGAUAGCACACGCAACCAAAUAGAAUUUAUAAAUAAAACACUGAGGCAUCUUACUGAAGCUAAACAUUGGCUUAUCGCUAAUUACUCGGUAAUGUUUAUCUCCUAUAAUGGUAUAAGUGAUAUACAUUUAGAAGAUUAUAGGAAUGCAGUCUCAAAUUGCAGUGAAGUAUAUCAUAUUGAUAAAAUAUUUCACGCAUCUAAAGUGUGGUUCUCUUCAAGGAAUAGAUCUCUCCCGGCAUUCUUUUUAGUCUCCGUCUUACAAGAAUCCCUAGAAAAACGAGCAACUUUUAUUCACAAUAUUUUAAAGGAACAAAGCAAAGACACUCGUGUGAACAGAUUCUUUAUAAUCCACACAGCAAUGGAAAAGACUUUGCCUUCUUCAGACUCCAUUUACUACCACAACUCUUAUUUAGAGUUAAAAAUUGAAAACGUGUUUCCCAAAGUUUGUGAAAUAAGAUGCGAAGAUAAUAUGGCAAAUUUUAGCAGUGACUACACCACGUCCUAUUACCAUAUAGCUGAUGUUUUGAAUAUGAGUUAUGAUCAAAGUGUCCAGUAUUGUGCAGGAAAGGUCAACAGCUAUUUGGUUUCAUUAGAGUCGUCUCAAGAAAUUAUUUUUGUAUUACAACUUAUAAAAAAAAGAUUUGAUUAUCAAAAAAUUAAUCAUUUUCGUUUGUCAGUUGGCAUUAAAGAUGGCUAUUAUUAUUUCUUAUGGUUUUCGGGCAAUCCUUUUGUUUCGGUAAAUCGCCUAUUCGAGUUAUCUUCAAAAAAAUGUUUUUUUCUAAACAUUUCAAUUAGCGAAAUAGAUUUAUCUUUGGCAGAAGUAGAUUAUAGAUUUUUAUACAAUGAAUUAUACUCUGAUUGCACCGAUGUACAACUUCCAACGUUAGUACUGUGUGAGUGCCACGAGGUUCAUAGAAAUGAACAUUUUACUCGUAAAUUACUUUAUGCAGUAUCUAGCGAUGUGAACAAAAUAAGUACACGUCAUUAUUUCUUAUUACUGCAAGCUGUUCUUUCUGAAAAGUAUCAUAAAGUGAAAUAUAAAAGAAGUGAUAAAUUCCAAACAAUUCUAUGCCAAAACCUGGGAAACAAGAGUGACUAUUUACAAAUGUACGUGUGCAGGUCACAAUAUCAAAAACAAGAGAUUAGUUCUAUUUCAUAUGUAAGAGAAAUUGAUGAAAGAUAUUAUGUCCUUGAAAGUAUAAACAUUUCGGAUUGUGAGAACUACCGCGAAUGUCAACAAAAUAUAAGAAAUAGAAUUGCAUAUACAGUAACAGAACGACCUCUCUAUAUACCAAUACAUGAUAUUCAAUUGUUGUGUAUCUAUAAUAAUAAUACUAAUUACAGUAAUGACACUAAUAUGCUAAAUGUUAUUGACAACAGCGAUUUUAGUUGUGAAUCAAAGAUCCUCAAGCUGAACUCUACAUCGCCAUCAUCAUUUCAGUGUGAAUUUCAACAAAACAUUUCAGAUUACAGAUGUAUAAGAAAUAGAUAUUAUGUGUAUUGCAAAGAUAAUUCACAUUUACAGAAUUGUGAGAAUUUUACAUGUCCUAAAGAUUUCAUAAAGUGUCCUAAGUCCUAUUGCAUCUCUAAUACAUACAUUGGGGAUAGAGUGAAAGAUUGCCCAUAUGGAGAAGAUGAACUUAAAUUAGAGAAUUAUUCGUGUGCCGCAGAUUUUACAUUGAAAUCACGAGGAGUUUGUAUUGAUGUAUUCAAUUGGGUAAAUAACAAUUGGAUAUUACCAUUUAGUGAAAAUAUAACGUUUGAAUGUAAUCCACCGUGUCCCAAGGAUUUCGUAUGUGUUUCUACUGCAUUGCACAUAGAAGAUGGAGUUACGGGUAAAAAAUACAUUAAAUACACAAGGAAGAGAACUUUUAACAUGUUUUCCCUUUUUAAUUUGAUGUUUCAGACCAGGAUGUAUUUAGUUAAUUUCCCUUUGCUUCAAGUGGUUGAAUUUUACGGUCCAAAUUGUAGAAUACAAAACUUUGACUAUGGAUUUCAAUAUUGGAAACUUUUAGAUCUCAUUGUCUUAGACCUUAGUUAUAAUGAGAUGACUAGCAGUAAUGAAAUGAAAAGUAUAAGUAACUUAAGUCAAUUAAAAGUAUUGAACAUUUCCCACAAUACAAAUUUAACAGUCGGAAAAGAUUUUUUCUUUCCUAGAUCUCUAGAAAUUAUUGAUUUAUCUUAUACAAAAACUUCAUCAUUAAAAUUAAAUGUCUUUGAAAACGUGAGUCAGCUGAAAGUUUUAAAAUUAAGUAAUACUUUUAUUUCUAGGUUUCAAGAUAUGGGAAUACCGGAAUACUUUACACUAGAAACUUUAUACAUAGAGAAUGUUACUAUUACAAAUAUUGAAAAAAAAUUUUUCCGAGGUCUUACUAUAAAGUCUGAGUUACGAGCUAGUGAUUAUAAACUUUGUUGUCCACAAAUAUUAAAUCCAAAUAUUUCAGUAGACAAAUGUCAUGCACCUUUAGAUGCCAUCUCUUCAUGUAAACAUCUUGUUGGUGACAUUCUAAAAAGAAUUACCAUCUGGAUAGUAGGUGUUGUAACUUUAGUUGGAAAUGGCAUUGUGUUGGUUUAUAGAAUUGGUUGGAACAGAGAGAUAUUUAAAAAAGCUUAUGGACUGUUUAUAUCUGGUCUGGCUGUUUCAGAUUUUAUAAUGGGAGUAUAUUUAAUUCUCAUAGCUACAGUAGAUAUUCAAUAUAAAAAUAUUUAUGUAUUAGAAGAUGUCAAAUGGAGACACAGUGUUUUGUGUCAGUUUGCAGGAUUUCUGUCAACAAUCUCAAGUGAAACUUCUAAAUUUUUUAUUUGUUUGAUAACAAUAGAUCGUUUCUUGAAAAUUACAUAUCCUUUUGGUCAACACAAAUUUUCUAAAACAGGUAAAAUAUUUUCUUUUACAUUGGUUUGGUUUUUUGGUUUCAUGUUGGCUUUAAUUCCUAUCAUAGCUACUAAAUGGAAUAUUUAUUCUUCUAAUGGUUUGUGUUUGGCUCUGCCUCUGGGAUCCACUGAAAAUAAUGGCUGGGUUUUUUCUUUUAUUGUUUUUGUAGUUUUUAAUUUUAUAUUGUUUCUAUUCAUAGCCUUUGGUCAAAUCUGUAUUUUGUCAAACCAUAAAAGUAUCAGGAGAAGUAUUCGGAACCUUAGUAAAAAUAUAAAAAAAAGGAAAGAGGAUAUGAGCAUAGCCAGAAAAUUGGCUUUUGUUGCCCUGACAGAUUUCAUGUGCUGGUUUCCUGUUGGAAUACUUGGAUUUCUUUCAUUAAAAGGUCACAUCUUUGACCGUGAAGUUUACGCUUGGAUCGCUGUAUUUGUCAUGCCUAUAAAUUCAGCUCUAAAUCCAAUUAUUUACACUAUACCGUCAAUUUAUCAAAAAUAUAGUUCAAAGAAGGCAGGCUGAUCUUUAACAAAACCGUAUAUUUCGCUUAUGAUAUUUUGUUGUUGUUGAUAUUUUGGAUUUUUCGGCAUAACGGCACAAUUUAGGCCUGGUCGUGCCCAUCCACUUACGAACAAAGUCGCGGGACUCUUGUUAAGAGAUAAAGUUCAGCCCCAAUGUCCACUAGAAUAGUGACCGAUUAGUGCGAAAUUCUGAAACUCUGCUCUUUUUUCUUUGCUUCGAAAUUUUUUUAAACACAUUUAUUUAUAUUUUAGAGUUUCUUAGUAUUUUAUGUAAUUAAUUAUGUAGACUCCUUCAGCAGCCAUAGAACGACUAUGUUUCAUCUCGUAUGGCACUUGUUAUUGACUGUUGAGCUGUAUUCUCGAGAGACAUUCUUGCCAACAUAUAAAUGAAGUUGAGGUAGCAUCUAGUUUGGUAAUAGAGAAACCAGCCAUUUUUCGCUUGGCUCGCUUCUCUUUUUUUUUUUUGGUUUUCCAGAGCUGAUGUCAUACUCUUCACUUAUUCUUCUCCACGUAGUGAGGUCUUCAAAUGUUUUCCCAGAAGCCAACAUCAAUGUCCACCUCUCUGAAGUUCCGUUUCAUUGAAUCACUGCAAAUAUUUCUUAUUAGCCAUAUAUUACGCAUCGUACUGUCAAUCCGGUCACUGAGAGUGUUUUGGAAAAUAUUAAACUAAAUAAUAAUGUUAUAAGAAAGCGAAUGCGUGAAUGUAAAAACUGUAUGAAUGGAGCCAUCAAAAUAGCUAAUCGACCUAAAUCCUGUUUUUGAAAAAUACAAGCAUUUGCUUUUAAGCCUAUAUAUAUAUAUAUAUAUAUAUAUAUAUAUAUAUAUAUAUAUAUAUAUAUAUAUAUAUAUAUAUAUAUAUUUAGAUCUAGAUCUAGAGUCUAGAUGCUAUUAUAAUAUACAGACCUAAUAUUAUAAGAGUGAAUUCAAGCGCUCAAGAAGCUUAUUAAUUAUUGUAUUUUUGUAUAUUUAAUAUCCUCCAUAUAGAGCCCCAUGUAGACUUUCCAAUCACACUGUCCAAGCGUUCUUGGUGUCCCGCAUGAUCGACUCCAAUGACUACUGUCAUCGUUAGCGCUGAGAGCUUUUUCUUGGAACAUCAUUCAUCUUAAGUAAUAUUGUAUCCGUUUUAAUUUGAAAAUGACAUUUCGCCGUUAGCAUUACAAUUAAGUAUAUCAUUAAAUGAGAGUUUAGAGAUGGCGAAAUAAAUAACCAAGUAGGAGCAACGAAGUUUAGAAGAAAAUUGUUUCACUUUGAAAGUGUUUACAACCAGAAUAUUAAUCAAUCAAAACUAUAUUGCUAUUGUUUUCAAUGUGAUUCCAUUCCAUUUCUUGCUUUUUUAAAUGUCGUAUUACAAUAUAAUCAUAGCAUCAGCAUAAUAUAUGUAUAAUAUAGUUUCUAAAUAUGUAUUUAAUUAUUUAAACUUCACUUGUUAAUUAAUACCUGUUUAUAUAACAAAGUUGUCAGGAUGUUUUUCUCUCCCCUCCCCCUCCCUUUUUUCACUCCAAACCUAAUCGUGACAUCGGUCAACUGGAUAGGACUUAGAUGAGAUGAUUGAUGAGCGCCUAAAGGUAGCAUGGAAACAUUUGCACGGAUACCCCUCCUUUCCCCACUGGUCCACAAGAGACUGGAACAUAGCGCUCUGUGGAUACUAUAUGAUGAUGCCCUAUAUAAAUUUAAUAAAAUAAAAUCAAAAUCACUUGAUGUGGAGUGGAAGUUUUAAUCUCGGGAUCGGUGGGGGCCUCUGAGCCCACCCUGCUCUAAUGUGUACCUGACAUUAGCUGGGGAAAAGUAGAGGCGGUUGGUCGUUGUGCUGGCCACAUGCUACCCUCGUUAAUGACCUUUUACAUUAUAUGACCUAAAGAUCGCAAGGUCUGAAAGGUGAACUUUAUUUUUUGAUUACUUGAUUUGAAUCUAAUAAAUCAAUUGAGCCACAAUAGUCUGACACACGCAGCCUCGCUCAUUCCUUCAUUUGUUUUUUACUAAUAUUCAAGUGACCCAUCUUCCAUUUCAAAGAAUUAGAACACAUUGAAGAAUACUGUAAAGAUAAUUUUUUAUUAUUAAAUGUAAAAAAACCCAAAGAAAUGAUAAUCGAUUUUCGUAGGGACAAGAAGGAAAAUGAUAUUGUUUCUGUAGCUGGAGAGACUAUUGAAAUUGUGCAAACCUUUAAAUACCUUGGUACUAUCCUAGACAAUAAACUAAAUUUUACUGCAAAUACUGAUUAUAUCAGCAAAAAAGGGCAGCAAAGAUUACGACUACUAAGAAAACUGUCCUCGUUUAAUGUUAGCGAAAAGGCCUUGGCUAUGUUUUAUCACGCUCACAUCUGCAAUAUUUUAAGUUUCAAUAUCACUGCCUGGUAUGGCAAUCUGAGCAUUAAAAAUAAAAAUAAACUUAAUAGAAUCCUAAAUGCUGCUGGCAAAAUCAUUGGCAAAAAACAAACCCCAUUUGGGCAGUUGUUUGAGACAAACAUCUAUAAAAAAGCUAACAAGAUCCUCGAAAUAAAGAAUCACCCUUUGUGUCAGGAUUUUGUGAUUUUACCAUCACAAAAGAGAUACAAGACACCGAUAGCAAAGACAAACAGACACAAACACUCUUUUGUUCCCCUGGCAAUCAAAUCAUUAAAUAAGAACAAUCUGGUAUAAACUUUGUCACAUGUAAAUUAUGAGUGAGUCUGGUGUGAAUGUACACUUUAGUUUCUUAUAGUUAUAAUGUUUUUUGUUUGGUGUAAUGCACAAAUUGUAAGACAAAUUUCCUUACGGAUAAUAAAGAUUAUUAUUAUUAUUAUUAUUAUUAUUAUUAACUUUGGAUUGCACAAGGCUCUUUAAUUGUUUCUACUACGUAUGCUAAGACAAUGUGGAUAAUGUUAAUUAUUAUUUGUACAGAAAUAUAAUUAAUUUAACCUUUCGAUCAUUUACACAUGUUAUAAAUUGUGUAUGUGCAUUAUUAUAUUUAUUGUCAAAAUAAUAUUAGUACACUUAUACAAUUUAUUAACCAAUGUCUUCUGUAUAUGUUAAUGUACUCUUUCUAAAAAAUAUGCAUU